CAAGAUGGCGGCGUGUGGACGUGUACGGAGGAUGUUCCGCUUGUCGGCGGCGCUGCAGCUGCUGCUGCUGCUCGGGGCGGCCCGGGCCGAGAAACUACCGGGCCAGGCCGCCCACGGCCAGGGCCAGGGCCCGGUGCCCAACUUUGUGCUCCCUGGGGGGCAGGGUGGAGGCGGCGGACCGGCGGGGCAGCAGCUGCUCCAGGUGCAGCCACAGCAGCAGCAGCAGCAGCCACAGCAGCAGCAGCAGCAGCAGCAGCAACAGCAACAACCACCUCAGCCGCCGCAGCCACCUUUCGCGGCGGGUGGGCCUCCGGCCCGGCGGGGCGGAGCGGGGCCCGGCGGGGCCGGCGGGGGCUGGAAGCUGGCGGAGGAAGAGUUCUGCAGGGAGGACGUGACCCGAGUGUGUCCCAAGCACACCUGGAGCAACAACCUGGCGGUGCUCGAGUGCCUGCAGGACGUGAGGGAGCCUGAAAAUGAAAUUUCUUCAGAUUGUAAUCAUUUGUUGUGGAAUUAUAAGCUGAACCUAACUACAGAUCCCAAAUUUGAAUCUGUGGCCAGAGAGGUUUGCAAAUCUACCAUAUCAGAGAUUAAAGAAUGUGCUGAUGAACCAGUAGGAAAAGGUUACUUGGUUUCCUGCUUGGUGGAUCACAGAGGCAACAUCACGGAGUACCAAUGUCACCAAUACAUCACCAAGAUGACGGCCAUCAUUUUCAGUGAUUACCGUCUAAUCUGUGGCUUCAUGGAUGACUGCAAAAAUGACAUCAACAUUCUGAAAUGCGGCAGCAUUCGGCUUGGAGAAAAGGAUGCACAUUCACAAGGUGAGGUGGUAUCAUGUUUGGAGAAAGGCCUGGUGAAAGAAGCAGAAGAAGGAGAUCCCAAGAUUCAAGUCUCUGAAGUCUGCAAGAAAGCCAUUCUCCGCGUGGCUGAGCUGUCCUCAGAUGACUUUCAUUUAGAUCGGCAUUUAUACUUUGCUUGCCGAGAUGAUCGGGAGCGUUUUUGUGAAAAUACACAAGCUGGUGAAGGCAGAGUAUAUAAGUGCCUCUUCAACCAUAAAUUUGAAGAAUCCAUGAGUGAAAAGUGUCGAGAAGCACUAACAACCCGCCAGAAGCUGAUUGCCCAAGAUUAUAAGGUCAGUUAUUCAUUGGCCAAAUCCUGUAAGAGUGACUUAAAAAAAUACCGGUGCAAUGUGGAAAACCUUCCCCGGUCCCGGGAAGCCAGGCUCUCCUAUCUUCUGAUGUGUCUGGAGUCAGCUGUGCAUAGAGGGCGACAAGUGAGCAGUGAGUGCCAGGGGGAGAUGUUGGAUUACCGACGCAUGUUGAUGGAAGACUUUUCUUUGAGCCCUGAAAUCAUCCUGAGCUGUCGGGGGGAGAUUGAACACCACUGUUCUGGAUUACAUCGAAAAGGCCGAACCCUCCAUUGUCUGAUGAAAGUAGUUCGAGGGGAGAAAGGGAACCUUGGAAUUAACUGUCAGCAGGCGCUUCAAACACUGAUUCAGGAGACUGACCCUGGUGCAGAUUACCGCAUUGAUAGAGCUUUGAAUGAAGCUUGUGAAUCUGUAAUACAGACAGCCUGCAAACACAUACGAUCCGGAGAUCCAAUGAUCCUCUCGUGCCUGAUGGAACAUUUAUACACAGAGAAGAUGGUAGAAGACUGUGAACACCGUCUGUUAGAGCUCCAGUAUUUUAUCUCCCGAGAUUGGAAACUGGACCCUGUCUUAUACCGCAAGUGCCAGGGAGAUGCAUCUCGUCUCUGCCACACCCACGGCUGGAACGAAACCAGUGAAUUUAUGCCUCCUGGAGCUGUGUUCUCUUGUCUGUACAGACAUGCCUACCGCACGGAGGAGCAGGGCAGGAGGCUCUCACGGGAGUGCCGAGCUGAAGUCCAGAGGAUCCUACACCAGCGUGCCAUGGAUGUUAAGCUGGAUCCUGCACUCCAGGAUAAGUGCCUGAUUGAUCUGGGCAAAUGGUGCAGUGAGAAAACAGAGACCGGACAGGAGCUUGAAUGCCUCCAGGAUCAUCUUGAUGACUUGGCUGUAGAGUGUAGAGACCUAGUCGGCAACCUCACCGAGUUGGAAUCGGAGGAUAUUCAAAUAGAAGCCUUGCUGAUGAGAGCCUGCGAGCCCAUAAUUCAGAACUUUUGCCACGAUGUGGCAGAUAACCAGAUAGACUCUGGGGACCUGAUGGAGUGUCUGAUACAAAACAAACACCAGAAGGACAUGAAUGAGAAGUGCGCCAUUGGAGUCACCCACUUCCAGCUGGUGCAGAUGAAGGAUUUUCGGUUCUCCUACAAGUUUAAAAUGGCCUGCAAAGAGGAUGUGCUGAAACUUUGCCCCAACAUAAAGAAGAAGGUGGACGUGGUGAUCUGCCUGAGCACCACCGUGCGCAACGACACUCUGCAGGAAGCCAAAGAACACAGGGUGUCCCUGAAAUGCCGCAAGCAGCUGCGGGUGGAGGAGCUGGAGAUGACAGAGGACAUCCGUCUAGAACCAGAUCUGUAUGAAGCCUGCAAGAGUGACAUCAAGAACUACUGUUCCACGGUGCAAUAUGGCAAUGCCCAGAUUAUUGAAUGUCUGAAAGAAAACAAGAAGCAACUAAGUACCCGUUGCCACCAGAAAGUUUUUAAGCUGCAGGAGACAGAGAUGAUGGACCCAGAACUAGAUUAUACGCUCAUGAGGGUCUGCAAGCAGAUGAUAAAGAGAUUCUGUCCAGAAGCAGAUUCCAAAACCAUGUUGCAGUGCUUGAAACAAAAUAAAAACAGUGAAUUGAUGGAUCCCAAAUGCAAACAGAUGAUAACCAAGCGCCAGAUCACCCAGAACACAGAUUACCGCCUAAACCCUGUGUUAAGGAAAGCCUGUAAAGCCGACAUUCCUAAAUUCUGUCACGGUAUCCUGACUAAGGCCAAGGAGGAUUCGGAACUGGAAGGCCAAGUCAUCUCUUGCCUCAAGCUGAGAUAUGCUGACCAGCGCCUCUCUUCAGACUGCGAAGACCAGAUCCGGAUUAUUAUUCAGGAGUCUGCUCUAGAUUACCGACUCGAUCCUCAGCUCCAGCUGCACUGCUCAGAUGAGAUCUCCAAUCUAUGUGCCGAGGAAGCAGCAGCCCAGGAGCAGACGGGUCAAGUGGAGGAGUGCCUCAAAGUUAACCUGCUCAAAAUCAAAACAGACAUGUGCAAAAAGGAGGUGUUAAACAUGCUGAAGGAAAGCAAAGCAGACAUCUUUGUGGACCCAGUUCUUCAUACAGCUUGUGCCCUGGACAUCAAACACCACUGCGCAGCCAUCACCCCUGGCCGCGGGCGUCAAAUGUCCUGCCUCAUGGAGGCCCUGGAGGACAAGAGGGUGAGGUUACAACCAGAGUGCAAAAAACGCCUCAAUGAUCGGAUUGAGAUGUGGAGUUACGCAGCGAAGGUGGCCCCUGCGGAUGGCUUCUCUGACCUCGCCAUGCAAGUGAUGACAUCCCCCUCAAAGAACUACAUUCUCUCCGUGAUCAGUGGGAGCAUCUGUAUAUUAUUCCUGAUUGGCCUGAUGUGCGGACGUAUCACUAAACGAGUGACACGAGAGCUCAAGGACAGGUAGAGCCACCUUGACCACCAAAGGAACUACCUGUCAGUACCUAGUUUGUACAGCCCUCCUGUAUAGCGUACCCACUCACCUCGUUCUUCUCAGAGGUGCCACCAACAAACGCCGUGUUAGAGCAGCAGCAGGUACCACUGCAUUAUCCCAUCUCAGACUUCCCCCCUGUCAUGGUGUCCCUCCUCCCGACCACCUGUGCAGCAUCAGGCGCUGGCCGCUUUGGUUAUCGCCGUUGUUGGCAGACGUAGGUUUACCUGUAGACAAGUCUCUCUCAUGCCAAUGGAACCACAGGUACUUCCAGAACCAACUCAUCUGACCUGCAACUCAAAUGAUUUCUUUAAAAAAAACACUAAAAAAAAAACACAAAAAAAAAAGGAAAGAAAUUUUUAAAGAAAGGAAAAAAUGUAUAUAGUAACACACCUC